UCAUCGGGCUGAGCACCCUGCCCAGCUCUCCGCGCGGUCGGCUGGCCGCUUCCAGCCUCGGCGGGCCGGGGCCCGCGGAAGGGCCGCUGUCCGCUUACCUCAGGGCUAUCACAGGCGCGGUGGCCUCCCUGAGCCAUGGCAGGCCUGGAGCUGGCCCUGGCCUUGGCCGGGCUGCUGAGCCUGCCGGCGGCCAGCGGCCUGCCCCUGCGCCCCGGCCCGCAGGAAAAGGUUCUGGCGGCGGCCUUGCAGAGGCUGCGGGAGGUCUUCGACAUCGAGGAGCUGCCGCCCGACGUCCUGCCCCGCAAGAAGCCGCCUCAGUUCAUGGUAGAUCUCUUCAACAAAGUGGCUGACGCCAACGGCAUCACCCGUGCUCCGGGGCUGCUGGAGAGCGACGUGGUGCGCAGCUUCGAGGACCGAGUUCACGUGGACCAGUACCAGUUCUACUUCGACAUCAGCGCGAUGGAGAAGGGUGAGCAGAUGCUAAAAGCAGAAUUCAGGGUCUUCAAGCUGAAGAGGACACAUGUGGCUAUGAGGUCUGACAUGAAACACUUCUGCAAAGUGGAAGUGUAUGAGCUCUUGGAGAGUGGAAGCAAACCACAAAAAAAACGUCUCGUUGCUUCAAGAUUAUUGUCUCUGUACACAGAAGGCUGGGAAGUAUUCAAUGUCACGCAGACAGUUUCCAAGUGGGUUGAAAACAGCAGCUCCAACCAUGGCUUUUUGAUAACUGCAACACAUGUAUUCAACAAUAGAAUUGAGCACAACCUGGUUAAGUUUGCUAAGAGCCAGCGCACCUUGCAGGAGAGUAGAAAUGCUCUCCUCGUCCUCUUCACCAACAGUAACAAACGGAGGCCUCCCGGCUUCAUGCCCUCUGCCACAAAACCGGAGAUGAAGCCUGCCAAAAAUGAUGCUCCACACAUGCCUCGCGAAGCUCAGGUCAUCGAAAGCAUAAAUGCAGGCAUGAGCAGGAGACCUCGAGCUGCUGAAAUCCCUUCUGCCAAAAGCCAGGUAACAGCAUGUCAUCGAAGGGAACUCUACGUUGACUUCCAUGCUAUUGGCUGGUCAGGAUGGAUUAUUUACCCAAGUGGAUACAAUGCAUUUUAUUGCAGAGGAUCCUGUCUCUUCCCCUUGGGGGAAGGUCUAAAUGCAACAAACCAUGCUACAGUUCAGUCCAUAGUCCAUACACUUAAACUGUCUCAAGAUAUCAGCACACCCUGCUGUGUGCCAGAUGAAUUGAAGUCCCUCAAUCUCCUCUACUUUGAUGACAAGGAGAAUGUGGUCCUUAAAAAUUAUAAAGACAUGGUGGCAACAAGGUGUGGUUGUCAUUAGCAAGACCUUUUUUUGUCUGCAUUUGUGCACUUGAAUUCAGUUCCUCAUUUGCCACUGAAGAUACCAAAGGAGAUGGCAUUUCAGUUCAUAGGGCAGAAGAGCCAGAAACUCAGUUGUGCUUCAAGUCCUUCUCCCUCCACCAUGGCUGUAUGGAAAGAUGUUCAAGGCUGGCUUUCAAAGAGCUGUGGGCAUCUGGGGGGUAUGCUGACUUGCAUGGAGUAUCUGUACACCAGGGGAAACCAUUAAAAAUUGGAAUUUGUUAUUUGAAAUGGUUCAAACACAUUAAGUUGACCGUUCAAAUUAAGGGCUUUUUUUGUAUACUGAGGCUCAGAAUUUCCUAUGAUUUAAAAGGCAGGUAUCCUGCUUCAAUCCACGACAGGGUGCAGGUCUCCCAGUAACACAACCUUACUCAGUUUUGACUGCAUGAUCCAGUGGCAAUGUACACCCCUAAACAGAGCUUUCAGGAUUAGUGUUUGCCCAGAGCUAGUCUGAGAGAACUCUACCAUCUGCAUCUCAUGCAUUACUGAGAAAUGCAGUUCUUUCCACUGUUCUUUAUGCAGGUCUGCCAAAUGCAGAGACCUCCUUGUAAGUCUCCCUGGCACUUGCUAGCCAAUCUGAGGGAGCACAUAGGUCAGUAUUUGUCUGGCAAACUUGGAUUCUGACUUGGGGCCAUACUGGUAUAAAACAUACAUAUGAUGAAGGGUCAGACAGUUCCCCUCUUUGUAAAAUCUUUCUCUUCCACCAUGGUCUGCUGUGGUUGUUGGGCUGUGUGACAGCAGAGGUUGCCUUUGAGCAUUUAUAACAGUGACUGUACAAUGGCAUCAUAAGCUUGGAUCAGAAUCCUCGUAGUUCAGCAGAUAAAAAGAACAUUAAGCUUUGAGGUCCAUGAGAACAUGCUGGGUGCUGGCCUGGUUCCAUAUCUGAGGCAAUUUUAAUGGAAAGUACUCACUGGUACUCUUCCAUUCUUCCCUGAAGAAUAGGACAUAGAUGUGGAAGGGAUCUCCUAAGUUCUUUCAGCCUUGUUACAAUUUAACGCAGGUAACAAGCCCAUUUCAGUUCCUUAAUCAACUCAUUGAGUUGAAAUGUAAGCCUGCUUAGGUUUCUUGUCACCAUUAAUCCUUGAAGGAGGCCUGUCUUCUCACAGAACAUGACAUUUCCUGUGGGUAGAAACUUCAUGGAGAAUUUUUUUACUCCAGUGAAAUUUAAGAAAAGAAAGAUAUAUAUGUAAAUGUUUUUCUCUCUGUAAAU